AAUUUGGAAAGGAGGGGAUUUUUGAAAGAUCUUCUUUCUUCGUAUAAAAGUUGGAUCUUUUGAAGAACAGAAACGCGUGGGGUACUCUCCGUUGGGCCAAUUUUUAGCUUUUAAAAAUGCUGCUCUAUUUUGUUACUUGCAUCUCCUUCAUCUUCUUCUAUAGGUAUUCUCUUCCCAUCAAAUCACUUCCACCAUGGGCUCGUGAGAUGAGGCUGCGAUCUUUCUAUUUUUUUGAAGAUUUAUCAAUCCUCUUCCCCUUUGCUAAAUCUUUGAACAAUGCCCUCUUUCUAAACUCCAAUUCAAAGACUAAGGAAAAGAGUAUUAGCAAGUCGAUCACAGAUACUACAAAGCACAUUGGAACCACCACAACAACAGGGUCACCUCUGUUGGAUUUGCCUGAAUUGGCAAUAGAAUCCAUUCUUGAGAAGCUUGAGCCUGCUGACCUUAGUAGGAUGGCUUGUGUUUCUACUUAUUUAAGGGACAUUUGUUUGAGUGAUUACCUAUGGAAACGCCACAUGAAGCAGAAAUGGGGUACAAUUUUUGGUUCUGCUGCCCAGAGGGAGUGGCAGAUGCAUAUUGCAUCCCAAAAAGAAUCAAGGAGCUGCUUUCUUGAUGGUGGAAAAAGAAGAGGCUUUUUGAUGGGUUAUUUGUCUAAACUUUGGCCUGUUAUGAUGUUUAGAGCCGGCUUUAAUAGUUAUGGUAGUAGUGAUGAAAGAAAGCAGAUGAAGAUAUCUUCUCCGCCACCCGGUGAUUGUUCCAUAGUCUCGUGCUACCGGGCCCUUGAGACCGGAAACUUCUGGUUUCCUGCUCAGGUCUUCAAUCGUGAGAACGGGCAUGUUGGGUUCGUCAUGUCAUGCUAUGAUGCUAAGCUCUGCUAUGAUUCUCGUACAGAUACUUUUGAGGCUAGAUAUCCACCACAUGGAGCAAGGGCAGUUGCGAAUGAGAGCGAAGUAACAUGGGAUAGGAUAAGGGCACCCCCUGUUGAUGCAUCACCUCAUGAUCUUCAUAUGUCGGACUGUUUGAAUGAUUUGCGUCCCAAAGAUCACAUCGAGAUUCAAUGGAGAAGGAACAAACAGUUCCCGUAUGGUUGGUGGUAUGGGGUUGUAGGGCAUUUACAGUCAUGUGGUGGUACCGACACUUCCUGCAAUUGCCACAAAAGCAAUACGGUGGUAUUAGAGUUUAACCAAUAUGCAUUUGGUUCACGAUGGAGACAUACGAUGAUCAACAGGAAGGACCAUAGUGAAGAAGGAAACGAAGCGGACGGGUUCUACGGAGGAAUCAGAAAACUAUAUAACAAGGAUGAGAUCUCUUUGUGGCAACAAUUUUGGCCAACUGGAAUCUUGGAAUAACUAAGCAAACCAUAAUUUGUUUUUUCAUAAAAUCUGAUAGCAAGCAAAUAGAUGAUUAGGUUAUGUGUCACAUAUUAUAUUUGAAUUUUUGUAGGACUAUAUUUGCUAGUUGGGGUAUAAUUACCACAAACGUGAUAUGGAAAGCUCCCAUUGCACCUGCAAAUGUAAUGUGAUGGAUAUGUACAACUUCAUCUGGACUCUGCUUUUGUCUAAU